AUGUCAGAUAAUGCAGCCAAGUCAACAGCAGGAGCCGUGGUUAUGCAACGAGAACCCCUCUCGUCCUUUCGAAUCUGUAUCGCUGAUUUAUUCAGUGUUGCUGGGAAAUCUUUCCUCGUGUAUGUAGACAGGCUAUCUGGAUGGCCAGUAGUGGUAAAAUUUGGUACUAAUACUACAGCAGAAGCAACGACACGACACUUCAGCCACAUCUUCCGAGACUUAGGUGUUCCUGUAAGGCUGAUGACAGAUGGUGGACCUCAGUUCACCAGCUCUGAAUUCAAAAAUUUUCUGGGCAGAUGGGGUGUUCAACAUGUGAUGUCCACACCCCACUAUCCCCAAAGCAAUGGCCAUGCUGAAGCAGCUGUAAAGAAGGUCAAACAUUUUAUCCUAAAGGUAGCACCUUCUGGGAAUAUCGACACCGAAGACUUUGACAGAGGACUGUUGGAGAUACGGAAUACUCCUAACUAUGCUGGCCGUUCUCCAGCACAAAUAUUAUAUGGCCAAGCCCUCCGAUCAUGUGUCCCAGCCCAUGCAUCAUCAUUCAAGCAGGAAUGGCAAGCAAAAGCAGAAGAAUACGACCGUCGUGUAGCAUCAUGUUCUCAAGCAAGCCAAAAUACGGUAUGA